UGGAAAUGGUCCGAAUAUACAGCUUCCGUCCACCUGGAAAAUUCCACUUGGGAUAUCAAACUGGACCCUACCAUCCCUAGGUUUAAUCCAAAGGAGGAUAUUUCAGGAACCCUGCAACUGAAAUCCUCAGUGCAAAAAAACAUUCGUAGCAAGCUCUUGGAACAGUACCCACAUCUUGAUGAUUACCUGGAGCAGAUUAUUCCCAAGAAAGAGACCUAUCGCAUUGUGAAGUGUCAUGAUCACAUUGAAAUCUUUGUGAACUCUGCUGGAGACCAUCUCUUCUUUCGUCACAGGGAAGGACAGUGGGUUCCUACUCUUCGUCUACUGCAUAAAUAUCCUUUCUUACUACCAUGGGAACAGGUGGACAAGGGAGCAAUAAAGUUUGUGCUUAGUGGUGCCAACAUCAUGUGCCCUGGACUCACCUCUCCUGGGGCCCUCAUGACCCCUGCCUCUGAGAAGACCCUUGUUGCUAUCAUGGCAGAAGGGAAGCAGCAUGCUCUUGCAAUUGGGAUCACAAAAAUGUCCACAGAGCAAAUUGCAUCAGUGAACAAGGGGAUUGGAGUGGACAACAUUCACUAUCUGAAUGAUGGCUUGUGGAACAUGGAUCCAGUGAAG